CUGUCAUUCUAUUCUGUUUAAAGAAGUGUCGAUUGAUUAACAAUCGUAAAAAGGUUAUUUAUUUGCAAUUUAACUAGCAUAAUGGCUGCUGAAAUAAAGCCUGCGCCUAGGACACCUAACGAUAGAUUCUCCACUACAAAAAAACCAGCACUUUUAAAUAAAUUAGAAGGUUGUACGGACGAUGUAAACGCCGCUGUGGUGAUACCUGGCGAGGACGGUGUAAUUAGCGUUUGCGAUGAUAAAACAGUAAGAGUAUGGCUAAAACGUGAUUCAGGGCAGUAUUGGCCGAGCAUCUGUCAGUUUAUGCCAUCUGGUUGUACAUCUAUGUUUUAUACCCCAGAAACCAGACAGUUAUUUAUUGGGCAAGAAAAUGGCACUAUAUCUGAGUUCACACUAGCUACAGACUGCAAUAGAAUAAAUCCUACACGGGAGUACCUAGCACACACUGCACGGGUAACGGCUGUUGUGUUCUCCUUAAGUUGUGAGUGGGUGCUGUCAGUGAGCAGAGACAAAUUGUUCUCCUAUCACUGCAGUGAGACCGGCCGCAGGAUUGGUGGGUACUCUUUUGAAGCGUGGUGUACAGCUCUACAAUUUGACUCACAAUCAAAAUAUGCAUUUGUGGGUGAUUACAGUGGGCAGAUAACUAUGUUAAAAUUAGACAAUAAUGGUGCUGCUCUAGUCACUACAUUGAAGGGGCAUACUGGUUCUGUAAGAGUAUUGAACUGGGCUCCAAUACGCCAGUUACUGUUUAGCGGUUCCUUCGAUCAAACAAUCAUUGUAUGGGAUAUUGGUGGACAAAAAGGCACAGCGUAUGAACUGCAAGGACAUAGUAAUAAGGUGACGGGCUUGUGGUACGUGGGCGGGUGCGAGCGGCUGGUGUCGGCGGGCGAGGACGGCGCGCUGGGCGUGUGGGAGAUGGGCGUGCGGCGGCGCGAGACGCCCGCCUGGAAGGAGGCCGACCUGUGCCAGAUCUGCCACGCGCCCUUCAUAUGGAACGUGCGCGCCAUGAUGGAGAUGAAGCAGUUAGGGUUGCGGCAGCACCACUGCCGCUGGUGCGGGGCUGCGGUGUGCGCGACGUGUUCGCCGCACCGGCUGCCGCUGCCCGUCAUGGGCUUUGAGUUCCCGCAGCGCGUGUGCACGCACUGCUAUGAUACUCUUAGGCACGAACCGCGCGAGUCGCUCGCAUCGUUCCACGAUAUGAAGCAUGCAGUGACGUCAUUGUACGUGGACGAGGCGACGGGCCGCAUGUGCACGGCCGGCAAGGACCGCGUCAUCAAGGUGUGGGACGUCAGCGUGCUGCUCGCGCCCACCGCCGCGUCCACCUCCGGCUCCGCUUCCGUUUCCGCGCCCGCGCCCGCGUCCGCGUCGCGUGUGGGGCCCAGCGACCAAUAGCCACUGUGACCGCGCGCUCUCACCGCUCUAACGAAUACCGCUCGCGCGUAAUGUCGGGCGUUACGAAUGCACUUCGGAAGUGGUCGGUUGUGGUCGGGUAGGAUGCGUACGAUUACGAUGUCAGUUGAUUUUCGUCAUACAAUUGUUGUUAGGCGCUUUGAUUGGUAUUAAUUAAUUAAUCCAAGAAAUUGACUGUUGCGUUUAAUAGUUUCAAUUAAUAUUUUCGAGAUAUAUGAUAUUAAAAUUGAAAUUAACAGAGAAAUAAAGACGAAUGUUUAUACUAUCCUUGAAAAUAUAUGUAAAAAAUAAUAUAUUUUAAGCUACGUAGACGUAGAGUAUCAAAUUAAGUUAUCUUUUUAUUCUAUAUUUUGUUUUUAAACAAAAUCAUGUCUUUACAGUUCACAACAAAUUAUAUUUAGACUGAUUUUGGUACAUUAGAUUAUGUACAUAUCUAAUGUACCAAAAUCAGUAUAUAUCUAAUUUAAGUAUAGUUUGUACACAUCUAGGUGUCAUAACUCCAAAACAGCAUAUAACAUGUAUUAAAAAGAAAAUAACAAGUCCAUAUUAUAUAUGUAUAUAUAUGUAAUUAUAUUAUUAUUUAUACUGCGUUAAAAUUUAUCUUUAGCCCCCAUUUUUCUUCCCUUUUUAGUCUUAUUAUUGUUCUGUUAAGCCAUGAUCAGCCCCAAUUAUAAAUUCUCUCCAUCUACGUUGCCUGGAAAAAAUCGCUAUUUAACGAUAAGGCCGCCCGUUGUUGCCUCUUUAUUUUACUGUUGUGUAAUUAAAUUUAUUUUAUUAUUAUUUUUUUUUUCUUUAUUGAACCACUAAAGAAUAAUAUAAAGAUAUGUAUAUAUUACUUAUGAAGUACAAAAUGCGGUCUUAUCGCUAAAGUAUUCUCUUUCAGACAACCUUAGGAUAGAGGAGAAAAGAAAAAAGACGGUAGCUAUUUGGAGCAAGAAGUGAAACUAAAUAACAAAGAAAAAUGCUCAUGUUAAUGUUAUUAUUAUUAUUUUUUGUACAGAUAUUGUUAAUCUUUAUAAUCUGCAUCAUUCUAUGGAGGGAACAAAGAAUUUCCAUUCAUUCUUUAAUUAAUAAAUUUGUAAAACUGAAUAAUUUUUCUCCAAGAACAAAGAAAUACGGUAAUAAAUUUUAAACUUUCCAUACUGUUCUCCUACAUGGCUGGUUUACAUUAUAGAUUUAGUAUGAAAAGUAAAACAAAUUAUUUCGAUUGAGCAUAAGCAGAGAAUAUUGUUCAAUAUCAUGAAUACCCAUUUGAUAUUGGCUUGUUAUACUUCUCGGUCAUUACAACAUAUGUAUAUUCAAAGAUCACAAGCGAUCGUUUCAAUUAUUCUAUAAUUCUAUAUGUCAAGUCUCAAUAACCCAAUAAAUGUGGCAAUCGAGCGAAAAAUCGACGAAUUAACUCGCUGUUCAUUUGCUAUUAUUACAUGCUUAUUUCUCUGUUACAAUGGUAAUAGAAAAACUAAUAAGUCAGUUUCAAUUUCUUUUAAGAAAAUUUUAAUUUUGUAAUAUAAAAGUUUUUAUUUUACUUAGAUUGCAAAUUUAGUAAACAUUCUGUCUACCAAGAUGUAAACAUUAAAGUGUUCUAAGUGACAUUUACGCCAUUUGGUAAGAUAUGACUAUAUUUAUGGCCCAAAUUUCUCAUUAAUAAGUAUAUAGCGAAGCCAUUAAUAAUGUGCACAUUUACUUACAUUAUGAAAAUUUUGCGAUAUAUGUUAUUUCUCAAUGUGCCCACAUAAAGGUAUUUUUACUUUCAUACUAAACAAUAUUUUUUACUUUUUAUUUGUAUAUUAUACAUUAUUAGGCAUCCUAUUUAGUCACUAAUGUAUAUAAAAAUAAAAAAAAAAAAACUAUUAACAUGAGAAAACAUGUCAAGAAAAUAAUUUUUUGGCGGCUUUUUAAAUAUUGCUCGAGUCAUAUACGUAUAUAGUUUACUUAUGUAUAUUUGAUAUAAGCAAAGUUUAAAUAUGCGAUAUUAAAAUUUGUUCGUUAUUGUUUAGUGCUACGCGUUUAUUGUUGAACAAGUUUGUGUGUCAUCAGUUGUCGUGAGCUAAGACUGAAACUUUCCCAUUCAUGAUAUGUAUUAUUAUAAAGUUGAUAAGAUCUUCAUUAUCUCCGAUGGAUGUAAUAUAGUUUAGAUAUUCCAACAGUAAUUAUAGUAAUUGAAAUUAUAUUUAUACGAGUUAUUAAUACAAGAUCUCUGCUAUUAAAA